AUAUGUCAUUCUUUUUUUUUUUAUUCCACAUUUCAAUUCAACUUUAUUUACCUAUUUCCGCUUCGUCUUUUCGUCACCCACCACUUGAACGUACAUAAGUUUUUUGAUUCAUGGGUUUUAACAUUUGAUUUAAAUUAGAGAAGAGCCAUGAGUGAACGAAGAGGUCGAGGCCGAGCUCAACGUGCAGGCCGCGGUGACAGUGGUGGCGGCGCGCCGCGUCGUCCGGGCGAGCAGAUGAGGUCCGGGCCACCGCAGGGCGAGCAAUUGCGUUCUGGGCCGCCGCAGCGCCCCGGCGAGCAACUGCGUUCCGGGCCGCCGCAGCAUGCCACGGGUCCUCGCCCACAGCCGCCCAUGGCCUGGGGUCCGCCCACUGUGGCGCCACCAGUCCGCGCUGGUGUGCCCACUCCUACUGUACAGGCAGGCAGAGCCUCUCAUCGUACUACACCCACUACCCAUGACCAUCCAGGGGAUGUGGAUAUUCAACAGCGUAUGCAAAAAAUUGAUUUAGGUCAGCCAUCUCAGGCUGGUGCGGGUGGGGACCCAGGCAGUGUGGCGGGACGCGGGUCUCGCCGCGGCGGUGGUCGCAUUCUACCAGAGCAAUCAAUGGUGUUGCGCACACGGCCUACUUCUGUUACAUCAAAGAAAGGCACCACUGGUAGACCUCUGGAUUUGAUGGCAAAUUACUUUACCGUGGAAACGACGCCACAGUGGUGCCUUUACCAGUACCAUGUGGAUGUAGACCCGGCCGAAGACAGCACCGCUGUGCGCAAAGGCCUACUACGUGUUCAUGGCCCUACUCUAGGCGGUUAUUUGUUUGAUGGUGCCGUGCUUUACACUGUCAAAAAGCUCCACCCUGAUCCAAUGGAGCUGUAUUCCGACCGGCGCACUGACAAUGCGCGUAUGCGUUUGAUCAUUAAGCUUACUUGUGACGUCAGCCCAGGAGACUACCAUUAUAUUCAAGUAUUUAACAUCCUGAUUCGGAAAUGCUACAACUUGCUCCAUCUGCAGCUUGUUGGAAGGGACUUCUUUGACCCCGUGGCUAAGAUUGAUAUCCCCGAGUAUAAACUUCAGGUGUGGCCUGGUUAUAAGUCUACAAUAAAUCAAUAUGAAGAUCGUUUACUAUUGGUGUCUGAGAUCACACACAAGGUACUGCGCAUGGACACAGUUUUGCAAAUGCUCAAUGAAUAUGCUGCUACCAAAGGCAACUAUUACAAGAAGAACUUCUUGGAAGAUGUUGUUGGUAAGAUAGUCAUGACUGACUAUAAUAAGAAGACAUACAGGGUCGAUGAUGUCUCCUGGGAGGCUAGUCCAAAAUCUACUUUCAAAAUGAAGGAUGAGUCUGUUACAUACAUGGACUAUUAUUAUAAGAAAUACAACAUCCGCAUCCAAGACUCGGGACAGCCGCUGCUGAUCUCGCGCUCGAAGCCGCGCGAGAUCCGCGCCGGCAUGCCGGAGCUGGUGUUCCUGGUGCCGGAGCUGUGCCGGCAGACGGGGCUGUCGGACGCCAUGCGCGCCGACUUCCGCCUCAUGAGCGCCCUCAAUGUGCACACCAAGAUCGGACCCGCGGUCCGCAUUCAGAAACUGUUGGCCUUCAACCGCCGUCUCACGCAGACCCCUGAAGUUGUUAAGGAAUUAGCAGACUGGCAGCUGAAGUUGUCCCCCAACCUGGUAAAGAUCAAGGGUCGCCAGCUGCCCACCGAAAACAUUUACCAAGGCGGCGAGUCCAAAUACCCAGCCGGUGAUAGUACUGAGGGCUGGACCAGGGACAUGCGGUCAAAGCAGUUGCUGUCCCUAGCGCAAGUUCCCUCGUGGGUGGUGAUCACGCCGGAGAGACAGCGUCGUGACGCCGAGUCCUUCAUCGAGUGCAUCCUGAAAACCGGCGGCGGCGUUGGCUUCCGCAUGCCGCGGCCGGAAGUAGUUGUCAUUCAACGAGAUGGGCAGAUGGAUUAUGCCAACAUGUGCGAGAAUGUUAUCGCCAGGAAGAACCCGGCUUUGAUUAUGUGUGUCUUGGCCCGUAAGACAGCUGAUAGGUAUGAGGCAAUUAAGAAGAAGUGCACUGUAGAUCGCGCAGUGCCAACGCAAGUGGUCUGCGGUCGUAACUUGUCCAGCAAAUCGGCUAUGUCCAUCGCUACCAAAGUGGCGAUACAGAUUAAUUGCAAGCUGGGUGGUGCACCCUGGACUGUGGCAAUACCCCUCAAGACGAUAAUGGUCAUCGGGUAUGACGUGUGCCACGACACGCGUAGCAAAGAGAAGAGUUUUGGCGCAUUUGUUUGCACCCUUAAUCAGGCGAUGACACAAUACUACUCUGUCGUCAACGCACACACCUCUGGAGAAGAGCUUAGCGCUCACAUGGGCUUCAACAUUGCAUCUGCUGUUAGGAAAUUCAGGGAAAAGAAUGGGGUAUUGCCUAACCCGAUCUUCAUUUACCGAGACGGUGUGGGUGAUGGACAAAUCCCAUAUGUACUAAGCCAUGAGGUUGGAGAGAUCAAGAAGAAAUUGACUGAGAUUUAUGCUGGAAACGAAUUUAAGAUGGCGUUCAUCAUUGUGUCGAAACGCAUCAACACCAGGAUAUUCCUGGACAACGGCCGCGGCGGCGACAACCCGCGUCCCGGCACCGUCAUCGACGACGUGGUCACACUGCCCGAGCGAUACGAUUUUUACCUGGUGUCGCAAAAUGUCAAUGAGGGCACCAUAGCACCAACCUCAUACAACGUCAUCGAGGAUUCGACCGGCCUAUCGCCAGAUAGGAUACAGCUGCUUACGUACAAGUUGACCCACUUGUACUUCAACUGCUCGUCGACGGUGCGGGUGCCGUCGGUGUGCCAGUACGCGCACAAGCUGGCUUUCCUCGCCGCCAACAGCUUGCACAACCAGCCGCAUCACUCGCUCAGCGAGACGCUCUACUUCCUGUAGGCUGUAGGGCUGCUGGCUAUGAUAUGUUCACGUAUUAGAAGACCAUAUUAAAUAUGCGUAUAUGACAAUAAAAUGUGUGCAAAAAAAUUAUGUACCAAUCUUUGAAAUUAUUUGAUGUAGUAAGGUUGAUUUUCAGAUUACGCUAAAUGAUUAAAUUAACUUGAUUUUGACUUUGGUUAUCAGGAGUAAUCAAAAGUAUUUUCCUAUAUAACAUAUCAUAGCUAGCUUUUUUUGUUAUGUUCUCAAAUUGUUGUUAGCUAGUAAGAAAUAAAAUAGUUUCGCGUCGAGAACGAUUUUGAACAUACGAGCAUACGCCAGGAAGAUGGUUCCGCAUAGUAUUCGCGUAAAUACAUGACGCGAGUUUAUUAGGGGUUUAGUUUAUACUUCUUUAGUCAGAAAAUUGUUAAAACAUAAAAAGUGUUUGACACGCAGUAAGCCUCUCGGCGUAUUAGUAAUAAGUAACGAACAUGCUGAUUCCUCUUUUAUAUUUUGAUUACCUCAUAAAAAUAUAAGUUUAGAUCUGAUUAAGAAAACUAUUUAGACUAGUGGUAAUGUAAAGCAUCAGGCAAAACAUGGUAUCUGACUUGCACACAAAACAGAAAUAUUAUGAUUUUGUGACAAGGAGGUGCUUGUGCCAUUAGUGCCAUUAUGUGUUGUGAAUUUAAGGAGAGAAUGAAAAAUAAUGAAAGAGUUUGGAGUUCACUUAUAUUUUUGUUAUAAUUCUUUUAUAUUUUGAAGCUACAUUUCAAUAAAGUAGUUGUAUAUUGUGUAGUUGAACUUCUAAUCAGAGAUAAAAAUAAUUUCUCGUUUUCACUUCGAAUUAUUUUUAUGUGUGUCGACUACACAAAUAAAUGUUAUAUUUUUGCAA